UUCUUCUUCUUCUUCUUCAGACCCGCUAGCUCCUUACCGGAAGCACUUGAAGCGUUGAUUUUUUCACAGAACGUCUCCGAAUUUGCCGGAGGUGUGCAUGCAUAUCAAGCGAUCGUUUCUUUCUUGCCGCAAGUCACUACGGUAGAUCGUUGAGCUCUUCCUCGGUAGUCACUGAACAACGCCAUUUGUUGCUAACUCAGCAUCAGUGAGCCGCAUGCGCCGAGGAGGGCGUUUCCAAUGCGGCGCGCGCGCAUUUUGUCUCGUAAACCUGGUCCACGAACGAGACUAAGCCAGGACUGGAUGCCUUCAGAGAAAACUACUCUCAUCCUUCGGUGCCUUCUUGAAGAAUUUCCAGGAAGAGAAGCUGGAACAGCAGAAGUGCUUCCAGCUGUUACCGUUGGAGCUCCAACUAUAGGGACACAUUCGUUUAUUUUAUGCAAUGGGUAUCCAGGAGAUGUUCUAGUAUUAUUGUGAACUUGUGAUUGUAGCAUACUUGAUUUUAUUAAUGUUGAUGAUGAUGGUAUGCUCGAAUUAGUGAGAGUCUGCCAAACAGAUGCCUGAAUGAGGUUGCCACCAG